AAAACACAUACUUUCACCAAUAUCCAAACUUGCCAAAAUGGCAAAGAGUAGCGACGUCGAGAAGUCGGCCGUCAACCUGGAUGACAUCGACUUCGACGAGCUGGACGACUAUCUGGAGCUGUUCCAGCAGGACGGUGUGAUCAAGGAGGCUUUAUCCAAGGGCGUAGAUCUACGCGAGUAUGCUCAGCAGAUCGAGCAAGAGCUGCGGGCGGCCGAGGCGGCGUCGGUAGCGCAGUACGUCAUGAAGUCCGCCGACAUCGUGGAGCUGCACGACGAAGUCCAGGACUGCGACAAUUUAUUGGCCAAAAUGCAGGAGAUGUUACUAGGUUUCCAGGCCGAUCUGGGCGGUAUCAGUGACGAGAUUCGCCACCUACAGGACGAAUCCAUUGGGAUGAACGUAAAGCUCAAGAAUCGUCGCGAGACGGAGGAGAAAUUACAAACAUAUCUAGAUCAGGUAGCGGUGGCUCCGUCUCUAGUUAAAACUAUAGACGAAGGGGAGGUGAAUGAGGCCUAUCUCCACGCUCUAGUCACACUGAAUGGGAAGCUCCGCUACGCAGCACUAAGCGACCCGGACCCGUCGGGCUCAAGCUUUGAUCUUGUACCAUCACAAACAGCAGCUUUUAACGACGUGGAGGCCCAAUUGAAGAAGUUAAAAGCAAGAGCUAUUGCGAGGAUUCGAGAGUUUUUAUUGGCCAAGAUGAACGAGGUGAAGAAGCCGAAAACCAAUGUGCAAAUGGUGCAGCAGAAUACGUUGCUACCUAUGAAAUAUCUGGUGACUUUUCUGGCGGAUAACGCGCCGGAAGUGGAGGAGGAAUUCAGAGAAGUGUACGCCGAAGCGAUGAGCAAGACGUUGGUGAAUGUAUUCAAGUCAUACCAUACAGGAUUGAUGAAAUUCCAUGAAGAAGUAGCAGCUCGGACGGAUGUUAUUGUGUUGGAUGAGCAGUCACUGAAGGGGAUUUUCAGCUACCGAGUGAAUUUGAGCAAAAGGAACGACACAUUCUCAGUCACUGAGCGUGAGAAGAUCUUGGAGACAGCGUCGGCGCCACCUUUGAUCCUGCAUGUUGCUCAGCAAGAAGGGUUGAAACUACCGUACGAGGCUGUCUUUCGUAACGUGCAACAGCAUCUGAUGGACUCAGCCACUUCGGAAUAUCUGUUCCUGAUCGAGUUCUUCAAGCCCACCAAUCAACAGGAGAAUGUGUUCCGCAGUCGUGACUUGUUCAUGCGCGUAUUUGCCAAGACGCUGUCGCUGUGUCUGGAGAACAUGGAGAACUACUUGUUUACGUGUUACGAUGCCAUCGGACUCCUGCUUAUGAUACGCCUCACGUACGCCCAGAGACUGGUGAUGGAGAAGCGUCGCAUCCCGUGUUUGGACGCGUACUUUGAUCGUGUGGCGCUGCUGUUGUGGCCGCGAUUCAAGGCUGUGUUUGACCUUAAUUUGAUGAGUGUGAAGAACGCAAAGGCCAAGAAACUGGGGCCGAUCGACCUGCACCCUCACUUUGUCAUUCGUCGCUAUGCUGAGUUCGCCUCCUCCAUCCUCAGCUUGAGUCUGUACACGCAGCAAAGUCAGUCGAGAUCUGGCGACGACUCUGCGAUCUCUAACGCACAGAUGCAUGAGAACGGGGCAGGAGACAUGGUUCUCAGCAACUUGAGUGUGAUGCGUGACGAGAUCCUGAGCCUACUGAGUCGGUUGUCCGAGCAGCACACCAACGCGAAGGAUAAGUGCGUGUUCCUCAUCAACAACUACGACCUCGUGCUCACACACUUCGAGGAGAGACGUGUGAUUUCAGAGGAGACGUCCAAGUUUGAGGAACUGCUUGCUGCCCAGCGCGAGAAAUUCGUGGAAGAAGAGCUGAUGACGUAUUACGCCAAGCUCAUCCAGUUUGUUCGACAGCACGAGCAAGUUACACUCGGCAAAUCGACGGGAAGUAGCCAGCAAGUUGACACUACGCAGAUAGAGAAGAUCGUGCGAGAGUUUGCAGCGACGUGGAAGGCUGGCAUUGAGAAGAUGAACGGCAAUGUGAUGACGUACUUCUCGAACUUCCGCAACGGCAUGGAGAUUCUUAAGCAGGUGCUUACGCAGUUGCUGCUGUACUACACGCGCUUUGUGGAGAUUGUCAAGCGGAGCUACCAGCGCCCUCCUCCGUUCAACUCGGAAAUUGUUACGACGCAGGAGAUCCUGUACGAGAUCAAGAAGUAUAGCCGAUCCUUUUAGCUUGGAUUGUGAACAAAGCAAUGCAGAGAAGAGAGCUGUACAAGACUACAGGGGUCUACUUGUGAUCUCUGAUCUGAAUUCGAGACUGGAUGAACUCCUUGAGGUCGACAGCGGCCCUGAAAAAACACACCAAAUGAAAUCAUGGUUAGUUAACGGUAUGACAGGAGUAGGCUAGCUUGACGGCGACGUACUUGUAGUAGUUGGUGUCCGGCGUAUUGUAGAGCGUGCAGUUGUCGCACAUCUUAAGCAGAUCUGCUUUGAGCGCAGCCUUGGAGAUAUAGACUCCGCUGUCGAUGCGCUUGCUGAUGAGCUGGAGGUCCACUGGAUCCUUGAUGAAGUCAAGGUAGUCAACCACGACGCUGGUGUCCACAGGCUCGUGGAAAGGCCACGCACUCCGAUGGUUAGACACCGCCUUAAGCAACUGCGAGAGCUGCGACUUCAGGCUGCCUUGAUCGCGAGUUCUUCAUAAGCAAAAUUGACAACCUUAGUAAUAAUGUAUCUUGACGCUAAUGUAAAUGCCGAUGUCUACGCACCCGAUGCGGUUAUUGCGGA